UUGUUUUUUAUUAUUACAGGUCAAGUCGAACCUGGCUGUUUUCAUGAAUGACCUCCAAUCGUCAUGGCUGUGGAUAAUAGUUACCACGUGUUGGCGGCAUUCUUGGCUAACCAGUAGUGCUUCUAUGUUAAGUUUACAUGAAUUGACAUUUUGGAUAUUUUCUAUUAUGGACUAGAUGACCAAUCAUCUGAGCAUCUGUUCCCAGGGCUAAAAUGUUUUGCUUGUUUUUAGGCAUUUUCUGUAAGGCAGGGAUUGAUGCCUGACUCCUACAUUUAUAAGAGGCCAUGGUCAAUUAUCGCCAAUAAACUUACAGAAGAUAAUUUUUGUAUCAUCAUUUCAUUGGGGUGAUUCCUCUCCGUUAUUUUAAGGAUUUAUGUAAAUGUAAGCAACCAAAAUGUACACAAAAAUGAAGUGUUUCUUUUAAUAGCAUGCAAAUUUGCAGAAUCUAUGGCGUUUGGUUUCGGGUUUAAAAAAAGAACAAUCUCACCAAUGUUCCUUGUCCUGUGUAAAAGGCAGAAACCAGAAACGAAACAAGAAAUAGAACACCUUUAAAUUUCCUAAAUUCAGUCAAGCAAUACACAAGGCCGGUGUGAUUCUUUUUUUAGCAUGCAUUUGAGGGGGUAAAAACAGGGGUUUAGUUUUCUGACUUUAAAGUAUAACAAACUCAGCAUUUUUGUAUCAGAUUAUAAUUAAUCCUAUAUUUAACACGUGAUGAUUAAUUAACUUUUAACAAGUCCUAGACCUCUUACAGUUAGCAGACCACACAGCAUUCUACCUCUAACAGGCACCACAUUAUAAACCAACUUAUCUCUAACAGGUACCACAUUAUAAACUGCCUUACCUCUAACAAGUACCCCUACCUAAUAGGUACAAACGUUUACCAUACCCUUCCCCUAACAGUUAUCAGAUUAUAAAAAAAACAACACUUUUUUAUCUAUUUCCAUCAACCAACAAGAAGCAGAAGCCAAAACGUAUGGACAAGAUAACGAAACCGGUAUAAGUAACGGUAGGCAUGCCAAUCAACCACAAGUGUCCCCGCCAUUGUGAUUACCACAGAGCCUACUCGGUCUCGAAUUAUGGACAGAUUCAAACUUACAUGAUUGAUGUUGUUAUCCUCAGGUAUUCGAAUUCGAUCGUAAUGAUUUUGAUGUGGUAAAAUCGUAGAUCUUGAGCUGGGGGAAUUCUUCUGGUAUUGUUCGAAUUUCAUCCAUGCUUAUUUCUCCGGCCAGAUUUUUUCGUUUCGUUUGCCAAGAAAUGAAUGACAAUCAGUCGUCCUAGAAUGGAUUUGUCUAAAAAUAUCAGACAAAUUUUCUGGUACAUCAUCAACCUUUAGUUGACUUGACGUGCAUUGUUUUGAACCAGUUGUGGUUCGCUCUCGUUCAGGGAAUAUCAAUUGCAUAUGCAUUGUAAGAUCAGUUGAUACCGUUGGACAAGUAUAUGAAAAUACAGGUACUCUUUAGUGAGAAUGUACAUUUCAAAAGUAUCUGGAUAACAAAGAAAGGACGUAUGUAACAACCUGUCCGCCUCACACAACUACCAACUUACAAACCACCCUAGCUACAUUUUACAGGUACCAGAUUACACAGCACACUGCCUCUUACAGGUACCAUAUCAUAAACUACUCUGCCACCAACAGAUACCAAUUAUACAGUACUCAUCCAUUCACAGGUACCAACUCACACAGCAACCAUCCUGUAACAGAUACCUGUACCAGAGUAUACAGGUCCCAUCCAUUAAAAGGUGUAUAAGUGCAAAGCACCAUUUAUUAAACAGAGACUGAGUACCAAAUUAUACAGCACCUUUAAUAUAACAGGGAUUGACUGUCGAAUUCUGCAGCAGCACCCUUUAUCAAACGGGCAUUGAGAACCAAAUAAUAAACAACCAUAUCUUUAACAGGUACCAAGUUACACAGCGCCCAUCCUGUGACAGGCAUUUAUUGCUAGAUUAUUGAGUACCCAUCAAUUCAGGGACUGAGUGCCAAAUUAUACAGUAGAUAGCAUUAAGAAGAUUUUUUUUUCACAGCACCUUUCUUAUAGGGGCUAAAAACAAAAUUAUAGAGUAUUCAUCAUUUAACAGGUAUCAAUAUGCACAUCAACAUUUUUCUAACGGACACUGACAAUCACAUUAUGCAGCAUCCACCCUUUAAAAGGUACAGCAGUAAAUUACGACUCUUCAAACAGGGACUGAGAACCAAAUUCUGUAGAACUUAUCCUUUAUCACGUACCAAAUCGUGAAGAAUUAAGAACCAGAUGUCGUGGACGUAAUAUACAAUACCUUGUAAAAUGGUUACAUUGGCCUUCAACGUUUAAUUUAUGGGUCAAUGCAGAUAAUGUGAAACCAUAUAAUUGAUUGUACAUCAUAUUACCUUUAUUUUUGUAAAUUUAUGUGAAAAAAUAAAAUGUAGAAAAAAAUGAAUAUCUUUUGCCCGUACAUAUCCGGGGUUUUCUGUGACUCAAAUUACAUUAUCAAUGGGUUGAUUUUUUGAGUUGCUCUUAUCAAUUACGAGACCCGUGUUUACUCAUUCGAUUCAAAUUUGGCUCUACCGUAUAACUCGGAUAACUAAAUUACCUUAUAUCUCCUGAGCGAAUUAUCAAUUGUUUACAAACGAUUGAAAGACUGACGUUACUAAAAACGUGCUGAUGGAUUUUUCAUCCCUUAUUCUUAUCGUUUCCCGCACGUAUGAUUUCAUGGAAAUCCAGUAAAAAUUGGCGUUCCUGGGUCUUUUAAAAACAUUUGUUGGUUCUAUCGUUCAGGAAAACCUGUCAUAUGAUCAGUCAUCGUUUAUUGUGUUGACAACCAUUGAUCAUUUAGUUUUAGAUGGAUUUCCAUCUUUAGUUGUAUAGCGAAUUAUAUGAUUAUCUGAUUUUGACUGCGGAUAGCUUCGUUUACCUGAUCAGGAUAUAUAGGGCUCAUGGCGGAUGUGAUCGGUCGACAGGGGAUGCAUACUUCUCCUAGGUUUAUCUAGGGGUUCAUGUUUGCCCAACUAUCUAUUUUGUAUUGUUUUAGGAGUUAUGAGAUUGAUCACAGUUCGUUAUCUUCACCUUUCAUUUGAACUAUUGAUCACCACGGCAAAUGUUAACUUCUGUCAUGUGAGCUCCUUCGAUCAAUAGAACGGUUUCAUAUGACUCCUUUUAAUCAAUCAAUUGUGUCCUAUGAUCCCUUUGAUAUUCGGUCAUUAAGUAGGUCAAAGUUGUCCUAUGAUCCUCUAUUUUGUUCCCGAGAACAACAGGUAGAACAAUAUGUGUUUUGUUUAUCCAUGCGCCUCAUAAGUAUGGUGCCCGUCGAAUUGUGACGUUAUUUCCGACGCCUUCCGUUUAGGGAGGCGAUAUGGGGAGGCGCUGUAGUAAAGUAUCUGGCCCAGAACACUCUUGUUUUCACACUACUCUUACCAUUAAGAAACACUGAAUACCGAAUUCCUCAGAGGGACUGAACACCAAAUGCUACAACUCUCAUCUAUUAACAGAUACCAAAUUUCACACCAUGGAUUGUUGCUCUGCAAUUUGGUACCUCCUAAAGGAUGGGAGCUAUAUGAUUCGAUACACAGUCCCUGUUAGAAGAAGGGGUGUAUUAUUUGGUGCUCAGUCCCUGUUUGAAAAAUGGUUCUGUGUAUACACUGGUACUGAGUACCAGAUUACGCAGGGCCCGUCCAUUAAAAGUGUAAAAUAACAUAACACCCUUCUUCGAACAGGGACGUAGUUCCAAAUUACACAGCAUCUUUCCUCCAAAUUAUACUGCACUUAACCUUAUGAUGGAUAACUUAAGGACUAAGAGGUAUCAUUUAUGAAAAAAACAAAACAAAAUUCUACCUCUAAGAGGUACCAGAUCACACGAUCUCACAACACCUUAUAUCUAACAGGUAGCAUAUUACACAGCAGAUUAUGAACUCCCCUUUCACAAGUUUUCCCUCAAGCACCAUUUUAAAAAGUCCCAUUCUCCAUUCCCCAACCAAAAAGAAGCAGAAGCCAAAAUGUAUGCGCAAGAUAACGACAUCGGUAUAAGUAACGGUAGGCAUGCCAAAGGAACCACAAGUGCCCCCGCCAUUGUGAUUACCACAGAUGCUACUCGGUCUCGAAGUAGGGACAGAGACGUUCACAUAUUUAUACUGUGGUGCUACCAAACCGUUACCAUACACAAUGCCGUAUUAUAGCUGCGUACGAGGCGACUUUCCCAUAACGUCUUAAAGUCGCAGCCCACCAAGACAUCAUGAGUCGAACAUAACGUUAACCUAGUUUCGCCUCGUGGUCUUUAAUUUCUGAACAAAUGCGCUUCUUACUGGUUGGAUGAAAGAAGAAAAUAUAGAUAUGUUGAAAGGACACGUUAAUCGUGCAAUAUAUAUUAUAUGUAGUGUGAUGAACAUAAAGUUCCAAAACAUAAUUAAGGACCACAAUAGGAAACUUACGUCCAAAUGGAAAAGAAAAUAUCCAAGAAUUUGGACAAUUACUACUUCUCUAUACGACCAAAUGAUUGUGUUAUGUUGUACAUAUAAUAUAUCCUACAUGAGUGUCGCACAUUAUCUGUGUACCACAAUAUCAAAAGCACCUAAUGGUGUGAAGUUGGUAUUGGAUGCCGAUGUGAUCUGAGUUUCUUCCGGAGGCAUAAAAUAAAACGCAUGAGAACAGAUAGAAGGACUGGUAACACCGAUAAUAACGGGGACAUGCUACAUAAAAGCUUCCUGUCCUCAGCUAGUAGCAUCGCCGUAUAUCGGUAACACCCCGUUGACAUGCAUUUAUAUUGGUACCAUGCACAUUUUCCCAUAACAGUGCGCAGCUAGGUUAAGGACUUCCAUAGUAAAAUGCACAAUAAUCAUGGGGGUGAAAUUGCACAUUAAAUUCACAGGUAGCAUUACACUUGUUACGGUCAAACACCGAAACGAUACUACCCAUAUGUUGACUUUGACUGUGCUACCGUAAAUCCCCCUCAUGGUAAUUUCCCGUGACGUCAGUUGAAGAUCACGUAACACUUUAUUUUUGGAAAACAGCGAGAGGCCCUACUUGUUAACAUAAGUUCAGGUUCAUGCGGGUAACCUGAUGAGUUUUUAUCGAUAUAAUCAGAAAAAAAUAAGAAUUCUUAACCUGAAAAGUGUUGGGAGGAAAUGCAUACUCAAACUAUACAUGCUAUAAUUUAACAACAUAUCAACAGUCAUCAGCGAAUUACUGGGGUUGUCCACAUUCUUAUACAUAUCAUACCGUUAAGAUACAAGACAAAAAUUGGUCUCCGCACUUUUCAAAUUCAUAUUGUUUCUUUUUUAGUUGAUGAAUCUGACCUUUGCCACUGUUUCUGUAGUAUGAGAUUAUUUAUGUACAUGAGGGAAUUUUUAAACGCAUCAGUCAUUCAGAUUAGGGGCGAUUUCAAGGCCACAAUAUAAUAUGAAUAUGACCUUCGUGCAUACUAUAUAUAAAAAAGGGAGAAUGAUUUGAUAUCACAAAGGAAUGAUAUAAAUAAUCAUUUGACAAGAUAUGUUUUCACGUAUACAGCUUAUCACUUGAUAAUAGCAGUAAAUAGCAACAGAAUAUUAUGACACUUUCCCCGCGAUACAACUAUCGAAAAUGUACUCUGUGACGUACUUUUUGAUUGUGACGUCAUCUGGUGCGAAGUGCACAGAGGUACAUUUAUAAAAGCAUUGUGAUUUUUCUCGGAUAGCCUUAACUGAGCUGCGUGUUGCAGUCUAUCGCAGUGGUCUGAACAGGGAUUACAUAUUGUGGACGUAAAGAGCUAAAGAUAAUCGAAGGCAGUCUGUUAUGGGGACGAGAUCCUAUCUCCUAUAGUGUAGCCGUUUAUUGUGAGGUUUGGAAAUCACCAUACGUUUCAGCAGGACAACGCUCGAUGUCAUGUGUCGCGCGUUUGUAUGGAUUAUCUUGAACAGAAUAAUAUUGACGUUCUUCUGCGGUGGCCGAGAGGUUAGAGUGUUCGUCCUCAUUCGGAAGGUCAGGGUUCGAAUCCCGGCCGAGACAGACCCACAUCGUUAAAACAUUAGUGACAGUUCCAUCGCCAAACGCUCGGCAUCAGGUGUGAAUGUCACGGGUCCUCGGAGAUGACCUUAACAAGAGAUACUGUGAGGAAUUAUCACUAAGAAUACCCCCCGCUUACCCCAAUCUCCCAAAGGGUGUUGUAAAUAGGUAUAAAUUACCUCUUUCCUGAGUGUAAAAAUAUGGCAUGCCUUUGUAGUAGAAAAUGGAAGAUAUAGUCCAAACACAAAUCCAUGGCAUAUACCUAUAAUUUUGACCUUGAUAUCAAAGGUCAAGGUCAUAGAGGUCAUGAAUGUACAUGACACAGUUUCAUGGUGAUACACCCAUGUCGUAUGGUAUGACUAUGUCAAAAACCUUUAAUCAAAUUUGACCUUGAGGUCAAAGUUCAAGGUCAUAUAGAGGUCAUGAAGGUACCUGACACAUCGUCUCAUGGUGAUACUCAUUUGUCAAAUAUGGUAUGCCUAUGUCAAAGAACGAAGAAGUUAUGGUCUGGACACGGAUCCAUUGUAGAAAACCUUUAAUUUCGAUCUUGAGGUCAAGGGUCAGGGUCAUAUAGAUGUCAUGAAGGUACUCGACACAUCGUCUCAUGGUGAUCCACCUGUGUGCCAAAUAUGGUAUGACUAAGUCAAAGAACAAAGAAGUUAUGGACCGGACACAAAUUUGCACAGACAGACAGACUGACGGACGGACAGACAGAGUGAUUCCUAUAUACCUCCCUGAACUUCGUUCGGGGGGGGGGAUAUUUAAACGGAUGACCCGUGUCACAGUAGGUGUGGCACGCUAAAGAACCCCCACUGUUCAAUGGCCGUAAGCGUCGAGCAUAGGCUUAAAUUUGAAACCCUUCACCGGUCUUGGUGACGUCUCCAUAUGAGUUAAAAAUUCUCGAGUGAGACGUUAAACAAGAAACAAUCAAUCAAUCAAUCAAUCUUCCAUGGCCAGUGGUAUCUCAAAUUCGACUGGUACAUCUACGUAAUCGGUUUCUGCCUGCCACUGUUACAACAAACCAGAAGACUGGUAGGUACAACAACAGCAUUUUUGCCCAAACGGUACAUAAUUGGCUGAUGGAGGUAAGGUUACGCUCAAGACGCUCAGUAGUUGGAUCGUUGCUUACACGACGUCAUCGUACAGCAUUCUUACGCUGGGCAAAUGAACGUAUAUCUUGGAACCGUAGUCGGUGGCAAAAUGUGCUGUUUAUUGAUGAAUAUCGGUUUCUUCUUCGUCGUAGUGAUGGAAGGAUGAGAGUCCAUCUACGGCAAAACGAGCGAUACCCUGGACGCUUGCGUGCAUGGAAGCAAAUGAUUUGGUGGUGGCAGAGUAGUGGUCUGAGCAGGUAUUACAUAUUGUGGACGCAAAGAGCUAAAGAUAAUCGAAGGCAGUCUGUUAUGGGGACGAGAUCCAUCUCCUAUAGUGCAGCCGUUUAUUGUGGGGUUUGGAAAUCACCAUACGUUUCAGAAGGACAACGCUCGAUGUCAUGUGUCGCGCGUUUGUAUGGAUUAUCUUGAACAGAAUAAUAUUGACGUUCUUCUGCGGUGGCCGAGAGGUUAGAGUGUUCGUCCUCAUUCGGAAGGUCAGGGUUCGAAUCCCGGCCGAAACAGACCCACGUCGUUAAAACAGGUAGUGACAGGUCCAUCGCCAAACACUCGGCAUCAGGUGUGAAUGUCACGGGUCCUCGGAGAUGACCUUAAAAACGGAUGACCCGUGUCAUAGUAGGUGUGGCACGCUAAAGAACCCCCACUGUUCAAUGGACGUAAGCGCCGAGAUUAGGCAUAAAUUUGAAGCCCUUUACCGGUCUUGGUGACGUAUCCAAAUGAUUUAAAAAUUCUCGAGUGAGACGUUAAACAAGAUGCAAUCAAUCAAUCAAUCUUCCAUGGCCAGUGGUAUCUCAAAUUCGACUGGUACAUCUACGUAAUCGGUUUCUGCCUGCCACUAUUACAACAAACCAGAAGACUGGUAGGUACAACAACAGCAUUUUUGCCCAAACGGUACAUAAUUGGCUGAGGGAGGUAAGGUUACGCUCAAGACACUCAGUAGUUGGAUCUUUGCUUACACGACGUCAUCGUACAGCAUUCUUACGCUGGGCAAAUGAACGUAUAUCUUGGAACCGUAGUCGAUGGCAAAAUGUGCUGUUUAUUGAUGAAUAUCGGUUUCUUCUUCAUCGUAGUGAUGGAAGGAUGAGAGUCCAUCUACGGCAAAACGAGCGAUACCCUGGACGCUUGUCCGCAUGGAAGCAAUUGGUUUGGUAAUGGCAGCGUAGUGGUCUGAGCAGGUAUUACAUAUUGUGGACGCAAAGAGCUAAAGAAAAUCGAAGGCAGUCUGUUAUGGGGACGAGAUCCAUCUCCUAUAGUGCAGCCGUUUAUUGUGAGGUUUGGAAAUCACCAUACGUUUCAGAAGGACAACGCUCGAUGUCAUGUGUCACGCAUUUGUAUGGAUUAUCUUGAACAGAAUACCAUUGACGUUCUUCCUUGGCCAGCGUUAUCUCCAGACUUACCCCAAUUGAACAUCUCUGGGAUGAGCUUGACAGACGGGUGCGCAGACGCCCGAAUCCACCGGAAACGACGGAACAGUUGUCAGGUGCAUUGCUAAGCGUGGAACAACAUCCCACAGGCUGAAGUGCAAGGCCUAACUGCGCAGAUUGAGAGUUUUAAUAGACAUAAAAGGCAGCCAUACUUGUUGUUAGUCUUUCUUUUUGAAUUCUGAGGCAUCCACUUUCAUGUAACCACUACGUUUCAUAGAAGUCAAAUUCAUAAAUAUGUUUUUGUUGUUUUUGAUUCACCUUUUUCUUGAUAAAAAAUUGUUUUAUUCAUUUAUAUUUCAUAUAAGGAAUUAUGUUUGAAUUAUAAAUUGCCUGUAUCGUUUAUUUCUUCGUUGUUUGCCUAGUAUAUUUAUAGACCAUGAAAAUUUUCAAGGAGGCCAUGGAAAUUUUCAAAUUAUAAAUUGCCUGUAUCGUUUCUUUCUUCUUUUUUUUUGACCUAGUUUAUUUAUAGACCAUGAAAAUUUUCAAGGGGGCCAAUAUAUAAUGCUGAUUGACAGUGUUAGCGUUACUGAACUAGCAAAGGUAAGCCUCUUACUUCAUACGUCCUUACGUUGAAUAUAUUUUUACUUCAGAUUUAUAUACAUAAUUUUCUCAGGCAAAAUGCAGCUCGUUUACUGAUUUUUAUGUUUCUUUUCCUUUUUUAUUUUGUCCUUUUUAUACCGAAUUUGUGUACGCGAUUUCUUCAAAACGCCGCUACAGAUUUUCAUGAAACUAUCAGAAAGGAUACAUUAUAAAAUGAACUACAUGUAGAUUCAUUUUUCUUAAAUCGAAAUUCACUUCCGGUCGUGCGUUACGUCCGAUUUACCGUGUUUAAAAUGACAUUUUGUCCAGGCAUUUUUGUGCCGUAAAAUUAACCGUCUGAAACGAAACUUGCAUGGUUUAAUUACAUCUCUUUUAUAGUUUCAGAAAAUGUGAUACUUAUUGGAAGUAAAAACAGAAACUUCCAGCUUAUUGAGAAAAAACGUUCAAAAAUUGGUAUUUCUUUGUCCCCACACAAUGCACACAUCAAUCAAGUGUUUGAUAUGAUUUUCACAUGUAAUACUGACAUUCUCAAUACCUAAAGUAACGUCCAAUACUUUUUUUCAAAACUCACUUCCGUUUGUGAGACAUGUCCAAUUUCCGUUUAAAAAACAGAUUUUGUCGAGGCGUUUUCUUAUCAACAGUUAAAGAUUUAAUCUUGAAAAGAUCAGGGAUGAUAGAUCUCGCCUUGCAUAUGUGACAUACGCAUGUCAGUUUUUCCACCGUGACUUCCGUUCGUCACCGGAAGUGAAGAAAGAAAACGUCAAAUUAAAAAAUUAUGGGCUUGAAACGAAAUUGGCAUGGUAAAAUAAGAUCUCUUCUGUAGUUUCAGAAAAUUUGAUACUUACCGGAAGUUAAAACAGUAACUUCCGGUUUAUUGAGAAAAAAAUCGAAAAAUUGCUCUUUCUUUGUCGUCAUAUAUCUCGUUUAUAAAUCAAGUGUUUGAUAUGUUUUCACUUAUCCAACUCUAGAGUUUCAUUCAUAACGUUUAAGUCUUGAAACUUUCAGGAAUGUUAGAUGAUGACUUGUAGAAGUGACAUAGGAGUUUCAAUUCCAUCGUCCGCCGGAAGUAGCUUGAAAAUGGUUAACACAAAGUUCACAAAAGCCAAGCCUGGCCAUCGAUGUAGUCUAUGUGGAAAAAGAUUUCCAACGGAGGAUAAGUGGAGCCAUCACACUAUCCAGUGCGCGAGAGAACUGAGGGAAGAACUGGCAUUUGAAUGUCAAGAGUGUGACUACGCAACCAAAAGAGAGAGGGAUCUGAAGAGGCACGCAGAAUCCCAGCACAGAACAGACAAUCUCCAAAAAGAGAAGACAGGCAGAAAUGAAUUGGACGACCUGGGGAAAGAUCCUGGUGAUCUGCACCAUUUGAUUGGACUGAAAAACACAUCACAGAAGCCAGCGGCGGCCGGAGAAAAGAAAAGGAGUGCUGAUGAUUCUCCUGUGUUUGCGCCUCCACGAAAAAUCUUCCGUGUUACGCAGGGAGAUGCACCAGACAAGACAAAGAUUCAGUCAAAGUCAGCAGAGGGACACCGUAAGAAGUCAACUAGUGCAGAUAAGGAGGAAGCUAAGAACACAAUUAGCACUUCCACGCAGACUCAGGAAUCUGAUGGACAGGUCGUGUCCACGGAAGUGCAAACAGAGACAUCAGAUAGGUGUGACUGUGGAAUUCAAACAUCCCCAGUUAAGAAGCUGGUUCACCACUCAGUCACCAGGACGGUGACCUACAGAGAUAACCAUAAGAAGAUAAAAGAAGUAGAGGUCGAUGCAUGGGACUCUGAGAGUGACUAAGGCUUUGGUCUCCAUUGAAGUGAUUAUUUAGGAAGCAAAAUAGCUUGUUUUAAAGAUCAUUUUUUUUGUACAUGUGAA